CAGCGCGGUGCAGUCAGUACUGCUUGAUUAUUCUUCGAGCUAACCAGCACAUCUCGUCCGACUAAAACCCACCCCAAAAAGGGAUAGGACACCCCCUUCCCUAGGAGGCGAUAAACGUAAGGCAGGUUAUGAAAGAAGUGACGAAGGCAGAACUGGAAAUUUCUCUAGAAAUAAAUAUAAGUUUGCAUUCUUUCGUCAGCUAAGUAAUUGGCUAGUUAAGACCCCGCAUAACAACAGUUUGACAGGGUGAACAGAGGACAGAGCGCCACGUUGGCACGCCGCCGAGCCUUGUGCCUCUACUGGGACUUAACACAGUUCAAAAUUUCUGUCCAGACCCGAGUGAGUCCAUGCAGAACCACAUGAAAUGAAUAAAGCACCACAGCCUAUAACGGGACCCCACGCUGUCCCCCACCCUGCCCCGUCCCCGGGACUCCAACAGCCCACCUUUCCUCCUGGACAGCCCCCCUCUGUUGUCUUUGCCCCCCCACCUCCACAAAUGAACCCAUCCCCACAGCCCCGACAGUUUGCCCCUGGGCCCCGUGCUUUACACCAACAGGGAGGAUUCAGGUCAUUGCAGCCAUACUAUGCCCGUCCCACCCUGCCUAGCAGUGCCCCCCGGGUGCCCCCCAGCAGCACACCGAGGCCUGUGGCGCCCACACAUGUGUACCAACCAGGCCAACAGAUGAUGAUGAUCCCCUCGCAGCAGAUCUCCUUCCCCAACCAACAGGGCCCCGCUUACUUCAUACCUGGACAGUACCGGUCGACGUACGUGCCCACCCCCCCGCAGUUCCCGGUCCCGGCGGGCACCACCGGCUUCUAUCCAGGCACCAGCCCAGCUGAAUAUGGUACAUAUGCUGGGGCUUAUUACCCAGCCCAGCCGCAGUACACGCCCUCCGUGCCGGCCGCUCCGGUCAUCAUGAACCCAGCCCCCCAGCAACAGCAACCACCACCCCCACCACAACAACAGAUCCAACCAAAACGGGAGCGCAAACAGGUACAGAUCAGAAUACGAGACCCUAACCAGGGUGGUAAAGACAUCACUGAGGAGAUUAUGUCCGGGGGAACCCGCAGUGGCGCCACCCCCACCCCUCCACAGGUGAGCGAGGACCCAUCAGAGUCCUCUGCAUCUGGAUGGGAGGGCCCAGCCGUUGCCCAGGCUAACGGUGAGAACUUGACACCUGUUGUUGUCAGACCAGAUGAUAGAGGGAAAUCUGACACCAUUCUCAUCACCGGUACCCCAGCCCUGUCUAAAACUCCUGAACUGGUCUCUACAGAGGUCAAAUCUCCAGACAAAGACUGUACAGCACCUUGUUUACCCCCAGGAGUCCCCACACCCCCCCGGGUAACUACCCCCCUCGACACUACUGCCUUUAAUACCCCCCCACCGUCAACUAGUCCCAUUGCAGACGUCAUGGACUCUCCGCCACCAGUACAGGGGGCUACUGCCACCCCAUCAGCCCCUGAGGUUCCUGCUUAUCCUGCCCCCUUGCCAGAACCAAGCCGCGCUCCUGCAGCUGAGGAGCAGCCGUCGUCUGCCAAGGAGGCGCAGGAGGAGGUGAAGGAGAAAGAGGAGGUGUUGGAGGCUUGGGAAGAAGUGACUAUAUCAUCUAAAUCAGAGUCUUACUUUGCCCCAAUGCCCUCCGGUGUCAGCAGCUCUAACAGAUUGGCAUCGGCCCCGUCAAACCCAGCUAAGUUGGAGGAGCCAACGUCCCUGUCUAUCACCAUGCCUUCCUCUGUCCCUGCCCCCCCGGAAGCAGAGCUUCCCCUGGAGUCUCCCAUAGCCCAGCCGGAAGAGCUCAGGCUACCCAACGGCCUGCCGCUCCCCAGCCCCCAGGACCCUGAGAAGGUGUGUCAUCGGAGUGUGAUGUCAGAAUGUGACAUCAGCCCCAUUGCUGAGCCUGAUGUGGCCCAGAUAUCAAGGCAGUCACCUCUUCCUAUAUCUACGCCCGCCCCAUCUGUCCCGGCGACGCCCGCUCCCUCUGUCCCGGCGACGCCCGCUCCCUCUGUCCCGGCGACGCCCGCUCCCUCUGUCCCGGCGACGCCCGCUCCCUCUGUCCCGGCGACGCCCGCUCCCUCUGUCCCGGCGACGCCCGCCCCAGCUUACCCGUCAGCGCCCGCCCCAGCUUACCCGUCAGCGCCCGCCCCGGCUGUCAAGGGAGCGCCCGCCCCGGCUGUCAAGGGAGCGCCCGCCCCGGCUGUCAAGGGAGCGCCCGCCCCGGCUGUCAAGGGAGCGCCCGCCCCGGCUGUCAAGGGAGCGCCCGCCCCGGCUGUCAAGGGAGCGCCCGCCCCGGCUGUCAAGGGAGCGCCCGCCCCGGCUGUCGAGGCAACCAUUGCCCCUGUGGUGGCUGUGGCCCCGGCGCCCCUGACUGUACAGGGGCCCUCUGUCCUAGCUGAGAGUACUGCUAGUACUGCUACUAUUGCUACUACUAGUACUACUAGUGCUACUACUGGUGCUACUAGUGCUACUACUGGUGCUAUUACUAGUACUACGGAGGGCUCGCCCCCCCACCAGGAAGACCAGAGGGACUCCCCACCGCCACACAGCACCAACGCAGCAGGGGAAGGCUCUAUGCAAGCCGCUGUUUCUGUGCCAAAGAGGAAGAGGAAGAUGAAGGAUCUGAACAAGAAGGAGGCUGUUGGAGACCUUCUGGAUGCCUUCAAAGAGGAGAAGGUAGUGGAGAACCCUUCAGAGCCAGAGCAGGCCACACCCACUUCUGCCUCUGACGCAGAGGAGCCCCGCCCCGCUGCCACUCCUGCAGCCGAGGAGGUGGAUGAGACGUGGGAGGAGAAAGAGGACAAACUGGAUGCAGAGAACAUCGAACCUCAGUCAGGGGACCUCAAAUACCAAUAUAAAGAAGAACUUUGUAGGCCUGUUGACCCAGAAGAGAAAAAGCGGUAUGACAGGGAGUUCCUGCUGGGCUUCCAGUACAUCAACGCCUCCAUGUCAAAGCCUGAAGGCUUACCUCACAUCAGUGAUGUGGUGUUGGACAAGGCAAACAAGGCCCCUCUCCGCCAGUUGGACCCCAGUCGAUUGCCAGGGAUGAACAUGGGCCCUGAUUUCACGCCUGUGUUUGCCAACCUGGGCAAACCUGGGAUCGGAGGUGGAGGAGGAGGCCACAGAGGAGGGCCGCCUGCUGGCAUGGGUGGGGGAGGGCCUCGCCGUUCCCAGCAGGGCCAGCGCAAGGAACCCAGGAGAAUCAUCAACAUAUCCUCGUCUCUGACAGAUGACGUGAAGCUCAACAAAGCUGAGAAGGCCUGGAAGCCUACGGUCAAGAAGGCAGCCGGCGUCCGGACAGCUCCUGAGGAGGAGAUGAACAACCCGGAACAGGCCAAGACCCAGGAGCUGUUCCGGAGGGUCCGCUCCAUCCUCAACAAGCUGACCCCUCAGAUGUUCCAGCAGCUAAUGAAGCAGGUCACCGAGCUGACCAUCGACACAGAGGAGAGGCUGAAGGGGGUCAUCGACCUGAUCUUCGAGAAGGCCAUCUCCGAGCCCAACUUCUCUGUGGCCUACGCCAACAUGUGCCGUUGUCUGAUGGGGCUCAAAGUCCCCACCACAGACAAGCCGGGUGUUACUGUGAAUUUCCGCAAGCUGCUUCUGAACCGCUGUCAGAAGGAGUUUGAGAAGGACAAGGAUGACGACGUGAUCUUCGAGAAGAAGCAGAAAGAACUGGAUGCUGCGGCCACGGAGGAGGAGAAGGAGCGCCUGAAGGUGGAGCUGGAGGAGGCCAAGGACAAGGCGCGGCGGCGGUCACUCGGCAACAUCAAGUUUAUCGGCGAGCUGUUCAAGCUGAAGAUGCUGACCGAGGCCAUCAUGCACGACUGCAUCGUCAAGCUGCUGAAGAACCACGACGAGGAGUCGCUAGAGUGCCUCUGCCGACUGCUGUCCACCAUCGGAAAGGACCUGGACUUUGAGAAGGCCAAGCCUCGUAUGGACCAGUACUUUGCCCAGAUGGACAAGAUCAUCAAAGAGAAGAAGACCUCGUCCAGGAUACGCUUCAUGCUCCAGGACGUUCUGGACCUCAGACGGAACAUGUGGGUCCCCAGGAGAGGGGAGCAGGGCCCCAAGACCAUUGACCAGAUCCACAAGGAGGCCGAGCUGGAGGAGCACAGGGAGGUGCUCAAGGUGCAGCAGCAGCUCUUGAACCAGAACACUCGAGGUAGCGGCGGAGGAGGACGUGGAGGCGGCGGGAGGGAUCAGGGGGGCCGUGGUGGUCAACAUCUCCAGCCGGGCCUGAGGAGUCAGCCCCAGGAUGAGGGCUGGAACACGGUGCCCAUCUCCACCAAGAACAGACCCAUCGACACCAGCCGCCUCAGCAAGAUCACCAAGCCCGCCGCUUUAGACUUCAACAACCAGCUGCUGGCCCCCCAGCUCGGGGGGAAGGGAAUGUGGGGCAGCUGGGGGAAGGGUAGCAGCGGUGGGACCACGGGAGCCAAACCAGCUGGGGAGACGACCCCGGAGUCAGGAGGUCGCCAAGCCACCAGCACCGUCAACAGGUUCUCAGCGCUGCAGCCUCAACUGUCUUCCUCCACCGGUCCCUCCCUGGAUUCAGACCGAAGGCUUCCUCAGAGGAACAGCUCGAGCCGGGAGCGUGGCAGCGACCGUUUUGAGCGCCACGACCGCGGCAGCAACGACCGCUUUGACAGACGGGACGACAGGAGGGAGGACCGUGACAGGAACCGGCCCCCGGUCACCAAGCGAAGCUUCAGCCGGGAGACCAAGGAGCACAGCCGGGAGAGGGAGCACCGCGGCCCGUCCGAUCCUGUGCGCCGCGUGUCCAGCAUGACUGACGACCGGGCCGGCAGAGACCAGGCCAGCACUGACCGAGCCAGAGGCAAGGAGAACGUGAAGAGGGAAGGCACUCCAACCCCACCUCCUACCCAGAUCAAACCUGCCUUGAGUGCAGAGGAACUGGAGAAGAAGUCCACGGCCAUCAUCGAGGAGUAUCUACACAUCAAUGACAUGAAGGAGGCCGUACAGUGUGUGGUGGAUAUGAACAGCACCCCGCUGCUCUUCGUGUUUGUACGGAACGGUCUGGAGUCCACCUUGGAGCGCAGCCCCAUUGCCAGGCAACGCAUGGGCCUGCUACUCCACCGGCUGUUGAAGGCCGGCACCCUGCCCUCAGACCAGUACUACAAAGGGCUUGUGGAGAUCCUGGAGGUGGCAGAGGACAUGGCCAUAGACAUCCCCCACAUCUGGCUAUACCUGGCUGAACUCAUAACUCCUAUGCUCCAUGAAGGAGGCAUCCCCAUGGGACAGCUCUUCAAGCAAAUAUCCAAGCCUCUGGUUCCUCAGGGUACGGCGGGGGUUCUGCUGGUCCACAUUCUCUCCCUGCUCUGCAAGGAAAUGAGCCAUAAGAAGGCAGGUGCCAUGUGGAGGGAGGCAGGGCUUAGCUGGAAGGACUUCCUGUCUGAAGACCAGGACGUCAACAAGUUUGUGACAGAAAAGAAUGUGGAGUUCACCUUGGAAGGAGUAGAAGAUGAGCCCGUGAAGAGCAGUAAGAUGGAGCUGAGCUCUGAGCAGUUGAUCAAACAACUAGACAGACUCAUCCAGGACAAGGCUGACAACCAGAGGAUCUAUGACUGGGUCGAGGCCAACCUGGAUGAGACGCAGGUGUCCUCCAACAUGUUUGUCAGAGCAGUCAUGACUUCCAUCUGCCAGUCUGCCAUAAUCUGUGAGAAACCCUACAGGUUGGAUGCGAAGGUGAUCACAGAGAGGGCCUGGCUGCUCCAGAAGUACCUGAAAGAUGAGCAGAGGGAACUGCAGGCUCUCUACGCCCUCCAGGCUCUCAUGGUGGACAUGGAGCAACCUGCCAACCUCCUGCGGAUGUUCUUUGACACUCUGUAUGAUGAGGAUGUGAUCAAAGAGGAGGCCUUUUAUAAGUGGGAGUCAAGUAAGGACCCAGCUGAGAUUCAGGGCAAGGGUGUGGCCCUUAAGUCCGUCACUGCCUUCUUCACCUGGCUUCGUGAGGCGGAGGAUGAGGAGUCGGACAACAACAGCUAGGAUCUUCUCACCAGCGCCCCCUGGACUCUGCGAGGACCUGGAGAAGGGACAACAUGAUGUUGAUGAUUCAGAAACGUGGGUCUGUUAGAAUCAACAAAAUCCUUCUGCAUUUAAAUAGAGAAAAAUAAACUAAAGACUGGGAGAGAUUCUACUACGGAUCGAACAUGCUAUCGUUUUGUUUUAUUUUAUUCAUUUUUGUUUCUUUCAACUAAAAUAAAUGCAUUGAGAAACUAAUUGUGAAACAAUGAGAAACGUUACAAGCUGUAGGGGUGGCCCUUUCCUUCAGUGUUAUCAGGUUUUAUCCCUUGUUUUAAAGGCGUUGUGUUGCCAUGGCAAUGCUGUGACGUUCAGAAAAACAACAAAAUGAAACCCACAACCGAACUUAAAAAAGGCUGCAUAUGUAUGUGUAUGUGUGUGUGUGUGUGUAUAUAUACACACACACACACACACACACACACACACACACACACACACACACACACACACAAUAUUUGAUUACGUCAUAUAUCAUGUUGAAUGAGGCAUGGUGACCAUGUGUCAUAUGUAUGUAUGAUUCUACAUGAUGAUGCUCUUAUGUCGGCAAAUUAGCUUUUUGCUUUUGAGUGUUGAAUGAUUGGAGUGUUUCUUUUUUCUAUAAAGAAAAGGGGACAUUCUCGAGACUUCCCUGUUUUUGGACAUUUCAGUCAAGAGUCUUUGUGAGACUUGUGUGGACUUCCUGUCUAUGUACUCUGGAAGGAAUGGGAUUGGUGAAAUGGAACUAGGAGGCAAUGGACAUGGACCUUUUGCUGCUGGGGGGGGGUCACAAUGCUUCCAAGCUUGCCAACUGACAUGUUCCAUCUUCGACUCUUCAAAAAAAAACUCUGGGGAGAAAGAGGGUUUGCAAGGCCCUCAACAAGCCUGUUGUGGAUUUUAAAAAUAUAAAAUCAAUAUUAAAACUUGAAAAAGGUAUAUAGCAAAAUCAACUUUAAAAAAAAUGAAUUUAAAAAAGUAGGGUAAAAAUUUCAAUGAUGACAUUAAAAGUCCUAAGGCCUUUUCUGCUUCCGUUUAGUGGAAAUGCAUUUCAGGAGGGUUCUGUAAAUAUAUAUGCCAUUUGUUUUAUUUUUCAAAAAUAAAUGCUAAAGUUAUGCCA